AGAAACAAAGAUGGCGGACGAGAGUGGUUCAAAAGUAAAGAAAAUUACAUCUACUGAGAAACCAGUUGUUCCUCGUAAUCCGACCGAAAUACAGAGGAUGAAGUUAGAGAAGCUUUUGAAAGAUCCUGAUAAAACAGUUUCAAUUCCUGAUCGACCAAAGGAAUGGAAACCAUCAGAUGCACCUGAAUUUAUUCGAUUUGUAAUGGGUUCAAGUGCUGGGGCUGGUAGUGGAGAAUUUCAUGUUUAUCGUGCAACAAGAAGAAGAGAAUACAACCGAACAGCAUACAUUGAAAAGAAAGCAGAAGAGCAUGAACUUGAUGAAAGUUUUCAUAAAAAGCUUGAAGAAAACCAAAACAAGGCAGAUGAAAAAACAGCAAAGAAAAGAGCCAAGAGGCAAAAAAAGAAGCAGAAAAAGUUAAAUGCAAAAAGGAAAAAAGAAGAUGUGAAAGAAAAGGAUGGCCAUGAUAGUAAAAAUCGUGCCAGUAGCAGUGAUGAUGAUGAUGAUGAUGAUUAUCAGGAGGAAGGGAAUGAGCCACACUUUGUUAUAGGAGGAAAGUAACUUUAGAAGUUGACAAAUGGCAAAGAUCAAAGAGUGAUUUCCUUUAGCUGCCAUCUCCUUUUCCAAGCUAUUCAUUCACUGACAGUAGACAGGCUUUGAAAAGUGGAAACUACAACAGUUUAAGUGAACUGUUAUGCAAGAUGCAUGAAUACUAUACAAGAGUCAUGUUUUUAGUGUGACUUUAAUUUGUUUCAAAUGGAUGACAGACCACAGAAAAAAGGAUUGACUAUUAAAACAAAUUUAUGGCUGGUGGUUUCUGAAAUAGCUAAUGUACUUAUUACCAGCAAUCAUGCUGUUGGCAAAACUUCAGGUAAUGCCCUUGGAAAAACAAGCUAGUGGGAACUUUAUUACUGCCAUGAAUACAGGAGUUUAGGUUUAAAGAUGAGCUUCUUAAAUGUAAACUGAAUUGCAAUGUUACUCGACUGUAUGUAACCAAAAGUAAGCGCUGGAACUUUAUUCAAAUAUGCCACGAUAACACCCUCUCAAGGUGAGAGAGAUUUGUCUUUUUUUAAAUCACAUAGUAUCGAGGGUGAAUUUUUACCUGUUAUUUUAAGUCCUUGAACAUUUCUUACAUGACAGAUAUUUAUAGAUAUCCAAUAAACAACACCUACAUCAACUCACUAAAAACACCACAGAAUUUUGUUUGUUAAAACAGUGUUCCUAUUUGAAAAAGUCAGUAUGCUGCUACCACAAUGGUUAGAAGUCUAGGUUGCAGCAUUUUUGUUAUGCAAGGUGCGGCAUGGUUUCUUUUUUCCCAACUAGUCCUGCUGAUGUAAAUGCAAGCUUGAAAUCAUCCAAAUCUUAGCAUCUUGUAAUAACAAUAGCACACAGCCUGCCUGUGAACAGUUUUAUCAAAUUUGACAAAGGAUCCAUCAGCAGGAGAAGUAGUUGAGGAGAUCUUUCAUUUUAAAACUAUUUCUGGUUCUCAUUACUGAAGUUUGACAAAUCCUUGCAAAUCUUCAAGAAACCUGAUAUAAUGUUGUUGUUCCAUAGCUGUGCUAUAGUCACGCAGCCAUGCAGCAAAGUGGUUGUCAAUUCCUCUUUCAGCCAACAUCUUAAGUAGCAUGCCAUAAAGAUCCUGUUCAAAACAAAAUUGAGUGCAUAUUGGAAGAAAUACCAUGAAUUGCACUUCAGCUUGUAAGAAAACAGAUUUACCAAAUGGAUAGACCAAGAUCAUACACUAAAUUUACUAGAUUUUCUACACUCAAGCGAUCAUUCCCUGUCAUGUACCAUUCAUGGCCUAUGUUACAAAUUUAAAACUUAAAUUAAAAAAUUCCUUACACCAUCCAUG